CUGAUGCCAUGGGGAUGCAACUGAAGUACAAUAAUUUUCUGAGGUUUUUUUUUAGAAAUGCGCCAUCUAGUGACGGAUGCCCCGUAACUUGGGUAUUUGUACUUCGUUUUAGUCACUAGAUGUCACUGCACCUUAGACCGAUAUUUCAUCGAUUUAAUAACAAAUCUAAAAAAAGUUUUGUGAUUAGAAAUAUUAACAAAUAUUGUAAUUAAAUAAUUUUAUGAUUUAUUUUUAAUUCUUUUUUAUCUAUGAGGACGUCUUAGUUAAUCACAAUAAUCACACUACUUGAAACCACUUGAAACACUGACGAUUGACAUUGACAGUCGACCAUACUUUUAAAUUAAACCGUUUUCCGUUUUCUAACGUGUUGGUUUAUUCUGAGUGUUAUUUUCUGGUUUUUUUAUUACGAUUGUUGCGUGUUCCUGGACUCUGAUACUGACUGCUUCUGUGAUUGACCUGGCUUCGUAUUUUGGACCUGUGAUCUACUGCAUUUUCAUUGACCCGGCUUUGUAUUUUGGAACCUCGAUCGACUGCUUUUACAUUGACCCGGCACCGUAUUUAGGACUAGAAAAUGCGUCCAGUGGAUCGUCUUAGGGGCGGAAUGCCAUCAACGUCAAGAUAUAAGUGCUACUUUGAUUGUGACAAUGACGGCCCAUUGCACCGAUUUCCUAAACCUGAAUACCCACAUUUGGAAAAGUUUAACUCGUGGAAAAAAGUACUAGAUAAAGCUUUACAAGAGAAAGGCGACAUCUACAUUUAUAACCAAAUUCGAUUUUGCGACAGACAUUUUGAAGAGUGUUACCGUUCAGCCAGUCACCGACUUACUCCAAAUGCAAUACCAACUCUAGAUUUAUCUACAUUACCAGUUGGUCAAACUCUUGAAGGUCCAUCGGGACAUGUCGAGGCAGACAUGUCGAAUUUAUUAAACAUUUCGCAAGAUAAACUUGCUGUCAUUGAGCCAUCCAGCUCUACCCACUAUCAUAGUGAUGUACAGAAUGCAUUACAGACAGCUGAACGCCCUAAAGGUUCUAGGAAAAGAGGGACUUGUCAAUAUUUAAAACGAGUCGUCACCUCCAAAGAGAAGGAGAUAAUAAAGUUAAAACAGAAAGUAUUGAAGCUGAAAAAGAAAUAUAAGGAACAAAAUAACAAGAAACUCUCUGCAAGGAAAAUUUCCACAUCAAAAUCAUUUUGAAAGAGUUAAAUAAAAUGCCUGCAACAAUAAAAAUAUUUACUUCCCUCCAAAUGAAAUGGAAAAAGAAACCACGAGGCAGGCGAUUUACAUUUAACGAAAAAAUCAUGGCAUUGACCAUUUACAAACAGAGUCAGAAAGCUUACAACCUCAUGCGAAAAAUGUUUGUCUUGCCAUCAAAGCGCAGCCUACAAAAAAUGUUGAGUAAAUUUGAACUGAAACCAGGCUUCAAUCCUGAUAUAUUUAAAAAUUUAAAAGCUACAGUAGCAAAAUUGCCGGCA